AUGGUUUAUAGAGGAUUUGGUCUGGAGCAGGUGACUCCUCCUACGAACAAAAGCCUGAGCGAGAUGACACCGGAAGAACAAGGUGAACAUGGUGCCCAGAUGAUGGUCAGUUUCAUGACUUCUUGUCCUGGGAAAUCGGCAAUAAGUGGAGUAACGGGUUUUGCAUUGGGCGGUGUUUUUGGACUUUUCAUGGCUUCGAUGGCUUACGAUACGCCCCUGCAUUCGCCAGCUGCCGGAGCUGCUGCCGGAGCUGCCGGCUUGCCAAAUACGGUGCAACAAAUGGCGGAUUUACCUUUAAAACAACAAGUUAAAUUACAAUUUGCUGAUAUGGGGAAACGAGCGUAUUCAAGUGCCAAAAAUUUCGGUUACAUCGGUAUGAUUUAUUCUGGUGUUGAAUGUGCGAUCGAGUCUCUUAGAGCCAAAAAUGAUAUUUACAAUGGGGUCGCCGCGGGAUGUUUGACAGGCGGUGGGCUUGCUUAUAAGAGUGGUCCCACAGCGGCACUUUUGGGUUGUGCAGGCUUCGCAGCGUUUUCUACCGCGAUAGAUCUGUAUAUGCGGCAAGAGAAUGGUACACCGCCCAAGAACGAUUUUGACGAUUAA